AUGGCUAAACGUAUUGCAUUCACUGGACACGUGUUUGGACUGAAGAGUUUGGCACCAUUUGGUGGCAGAAAAGCUAAUCACGAGAUAAAUAGCUGUGAAAUGUCUUAUCUGAGAGACAAAAACGACAAUAACUUCGUCAAUGAGUUUGACGACAACACCACAAAGACAUCACAAUUAUCACCCAAUUAUCCUCAAAACGAUACCAAUCUAUACAACAGAUAUAAGGAGAACGCGGCCAACGAUCGGCUGAAGAGGUCAUCGGAGGGCAUACCGGCCAUCAGUGCCGAAGACUUUCGAAUGCUUCGUGAAUGCAAUCGCGAGAGCUUUUGGAUGCGAUGUCUGCCGCUGUCUGUAGGCAUCUGUUCCCUAAUGUUUUAUUUGGCGCACAAGAAGUCAGUGAAACCCAAAGUGGUGCACAUCUUGAGCGGCACUUUCGGCGGUUGGUUUUUAGGCAAACUCUCGUAUCGGCGCACCUGUGAGGACCGGCUCAUCCACUCUCCAUCGCAGUCCCCAUUUGUCACUGCAAUGCGACGCCGAAGAGGUAUCGUUAGGGACGACACUGUGCUCACCACCGAUGGACAACCUGCCGACCAGUCGAGUGACUUAUUCUGGGAUCAGCCCUCCAAAGACGAGUUUGGUUACGGCGCUCACGAGUUCGCCGAUUAUAAGGAUAAUGACUUGAGUGGUGGCAAAGGCCAGGGGGAGACCAAGACAUAUACGACUUACGAUGACUUGAGAGCUCAUAAUCGCGCCAAUAGUCACAAACCUAAACCCUUUAGUGCAUAGAUUGGACUGUAGUUUGUUUAGCCUUUUAUUACUGUUAGUUGUGUUUCAAUGAGUGCACUAAUGCUGGACCCGAUUGACGGCUCAAUUCAAUGCAGACACUGUCUCACGAGUCCAGUCACUACCCAUUCAACUGUCGUUUGUUUAUACCGUACUUUGUUUUAAAGUUUGCUACAAACGUAUAAAUGAAUUGAUACUACCGGUACAAUCAUAACAAACAUUUUACUAAUUAGUGAUCAAUUGUAUAUUUACUAAAAUCUAAUUACGGUAAUAAAAAAAUAUAAUAAAAUAUA